GUCCCGCCCCCCCGAGGCUCUGUCGCCGCUGUCGCCUCUAUCGCGAUGUGGCGCUACGCCGGCCUCGCUGGCGACGCGCAGGUCGUGACCUCAGGUGCAUGACUGAGUAACUUGACCCUCGUGGAAGAGCUCUGGGAGGACUGGAGUCAAAUCCAGGCACCUGGUGUUCCUAAGGCUGAGACCAAAGAGGAAUUUGUUCAAGUCAGAAGGAGGGAUUUGGAAAGGCUGACAACUGAGGUUAUGCAACUGCGGGAUUUCUUACCCAAAAUAGUGAAUGGAGAUAUCCUGGGGACACUCCAGAAACUGGAUGCUAUUGAAUCAAACCUGGAGAAAAAGGAGGAGGAAGUUCAGCAGCUGAGAAUGGAUUGUGAACACUUCAAAGCCCGUCUGGAAGCAGCUCAGGCAGAUUGCAUGAGAGAGAAGAAGGAGAAGCUGGACCUGCGGCAGCAGCUGAACGAGGCCAAGCAGCAGCUCCUGCAGCAGGCAGAGUAUUGCACAGAGAUGGGGGCUGCUGUUUGCACCUUGCUCUGGGGGGUGUCCAGCAACGAGGAGGCUGUGAAAACCAUUCUAGGAGGAAGUAAAGCAGCAAAGUUUUUCACAAUCACUGCCCAGACCAUGGAGAGCUUUGUGAAGUCAUUAAGUGAAGACAUGAAACAGCAGGAUUUGGAUUCUGAUGAAAAUCAGUUUGUAUUAGCCUUGGCAGGGAUUGUAACAAAUGUGGCCGCCCUGGCGUGUGGCCGAGAGUUCUUGGUGAGCUCCAGUCGUGAAUUACUGGACACGAUGAUGCACCUCCUGGGAGACAUGAAGCCAGGACUCUGUAACAAAUUUAAAGUGCUAAUGCUAAUGUCACUUUACAACGUGAGCAUCAACUUGAAAGGCUUGAAGUACAUCAGUGAAAGUCCAGGUUUUAUUCCCUUGCUUUGGUGGCUGUUGAAUGACCCGGACACAGAAGUUUGCCUUCAUGCUCUGAGGCUCCUGCAGUCGGUGAUCCUGGAGCCAGAAGUGUUGGCCAGGACAGCCCCCGAGAUGAGGGAUACUCUGCCCUUCCAGCGCAUCCUUGCCCUGUCAAAGAGCCGCAAUGCAGAUCUGCAAGCGCUUGCAAAAGAACUACUUGAAGAUCUUAAAAUAUUUGAGUAUGAAGCGUAGAAGGGCUCUAGGACACCAACUGCUCACGUCUCUACUGUAUUUUUGUGCUGCAAGAGUUGUUGGAGAUGGCUGAAAAAAAAAAAAAGGCCACUGCCUAAAGUUGCUCUGACAAAAUCCUUUUCGGAAAUUAGGUAACCCAACUGAAACCACACUUGGGAAAACAUGUUGGGUUUUAGCUGCCCAAAUACAAUCUUAGGGGCUCUGGUAGAGAUGGGACAGACUGAAUUUCUUUGAGUAGGAUUUUGCUGAUAAUGGGUUUCCAGAAUGGUCCAGGUUAUGUUAUCUGUUUACUCUCUGGAGGGAGUAAAAUAGUCUUCUCAUUCACUGAUAAUACAUAGUUUAUGGCAGUGAUAAAAAUCCUUUUGGUCCAUCCUUAAGAAUUAUUGUACUGGGAGGAAAACUUUGCUGCCUUUCAUAACUCUUUUGUGUCAGAAUGGACCCCACUUCCAGUUUUACUGUUGUUGUUUCUCAGCUCUCUUCUUCUAUUCUAAUAAAAGAAAACUGAAGUUCUGUAGCAUGUAA